AUGAAAGGUUUCGUAGCUUUGAGGAGAAGUCUAAAUAGGUUCAAGGGACUAUGUCGAUGCAAGCACUUUUUAUCUAUGAUCAAGAACUUUGACUUCUUCUUGUCAAUUUUUCUCAUCAAGCAAUGUCCGUCUUCUCAUUUAGUUGCAGAUGGCGUCUCAAGCAAAGAGUCCGCAUCAUUAUAACGAAAUAUGAUCGACCACAGGGUGAGGAGAAAGCAUGCAGAAAAGAGCCCUGGCGUGGAGUCGAACUCAAGGAGUCGAGGUCCAGAUCAAUAGAGACAUAUGGAAACCCCCCGUACCCAGCUGAGUGUUCCAUAUUAACCGCUGGGCCAAGGCGCUAGGGGUGCACCAUGCGAGGCCCCGUUUUCUUGGUGACUA